AUGGCUCCAAUUCGAAAGCGCUCGAGGAUUGAGAAGGCGCGGCAGUACCUCACUGGGGGGGCUGUUCCUCGUGAAGACUCCGACGAUGAACUCGGGUACGAAGACCUCCCCUGGGAGUUCAUAUACGAAGCCAGCAACUCCGCACAAGGGACACAGAAUGGUGGCUCGAAGAAGAGAAAGGCGGCGCCCGCGUCGCUGGGCAGGCGGAUUGUCGCCGCGCGCAUGGGGAACUUCCAAUGCAAGCUAGGAGACACAGUUCUGCUUAAGGCCGAGGGCAGCCACGCAUGGGUGGGCAUCAUUUGCGACUUCUUCCAUGACGAAGAAGAGGACGAGAAGAUGGCAAGGUUCAUGUGGUUCUCCUCCGAAAGGGAAAUCCGCAAUAAGAGCACGAAGCGGACUGACUUCCUACCUAACGAGUUGUACAUAUCGGCGGCACUCGACGACAACCCCCUGACGACUAUCAACGGGACUGCGAAAGUGGUGUCGCUCGAAGAAUUUCACCGCCAAUACCCCAAUGGGCAGGUAAAGAAGACGUCGAGGGACUACGGCAAAGUCUUUGUUUGCAGAAGAGGGUGCAACACUCGCACUACCACAUACACCCCUGAGUUCAAAUGGGAGGACGUCUAUACUGGCCCGGAGGAUAUCCCCUCCCUCGCCGAAAUUGUUGAGAGCCAGACCAAGGCCACCCGAAAACGUGGGCCCCGACCGCCAAAAGAAGCUGAGGACUUGGGGGAUUUCGUCGUUCCCGAAUCAGAUGACGGUGGAAUACCCAAGACUCCCAGAAAGCGACGUAAAUUGAAUGAUGCAACUACGCCAUCUUCAGCCAGGAAAGCCCUUACACCCCGAAAAUUCCUCACGCCGACAAACAAACGCAUUGUAAUCAAGAAGCCAUUGGAGUUUACCCCUCUUGGAACUCGUAUAUUGUCUCCAUCUGCACUAUCCUCGCCGUUCCAAAUUGCGAGGAACCAACUCCAUGUUUCAUCUGUUCCCGCCGCUCUCCCGUGCAGAGAAGAAGAGUUCUCGACUGUAUAUAGUCAUUUGGAAGCUGCCAUCGUCGAUGGGUCAGGUUCCUGCAUCUACAUAUCCGGAACACCUGGAACAGGCAAGACUGCUACCGUACGAGAAGUUGUGGCACAGCUGCACGCCUCGGUCCAGGCCGAAGAGUUAGAUGAUUUCAUCUUCGUCGAAAUCAAUGGCAUGAAGGUCACAGAUCCCCACCAAUCCUAUUCCUUGCUCUGGCAAGCUUUGCGGGGAGAUCGUCUCAGCCCAUCCCACGCGCUCGAGCUCUUGGAACGGGAGUUCUCAACCCCGAGUCCACGGCGUGUGCCGUGUGUCGUCUUGAUGGACGAACUCGACCAGCUCGUCACCAAGAAUCAGUCCGUCAUGUACAACUUCUUCAAUUGGCCUGGACUGCGGCACAGUAGAUUAAUUGUGCUAGCGGUCGCAAACACUAUGGAUUUGCCAGAACGAACUUUGAGUAACAAAAUUAGUAGCCGCCUAGGACUUACGCGUAUCACCUUCCCAGGUUAUACGCACGACCAAUUAAUGUUAAUUAUUCAAUCCCGACUCGAGGGCGUCCCCGGCAACAUUGUCCAUCCGGACGCUGUCCAGUUCGCCGCACGCAAAGUUGCGGCCGUGAGCGGCGACGCACGGCGUGCUUUAGAUAUUUGUAGACGCGCUGUUGAAAUCGCCGAAACAGAAGCAAUUGCACGAGAAGCCGAGAGUCAAGAAGUGGCACAGCCGUCAACUCCGAGCAGGACUGGCCGGAGCAUAGGCAAAGCCGCAUCAGGAAGAGGUGAUCGGCCUUUGAGCAAAGCCGGUGACUCGGACGGUAUAUUGCCAAAACGUGCGAUAGGGCCAACCGGAGGUGUGGUAGCAGGGAAAAGUAUCGUGACGAUAGCGACGAUCAAACAGGCUAUCUAUGAGGCCACGAGUAGCCCCCUGCAGCAAGCCCUGCGGGCUCUACCACUGGCUUCCAAGGUCUUCCUCGCUGCGCUCUUGGCGCGGAUCCGACGGACGGGAAUUGGAGAAGCCGUGCUGGGAGAAGUUGUUGAGGAAGCCCGAAGGUUGGGAUUGAUGAGCCAGCUGCUGCCUGUGCAUGACUAUCUGCUUUCAUCGGACGCGGGAGAUGAGGAGAGGAGAAGUGCUGCUGAAGGAUUAAUGGGGUUGAAUAGUGGCGCCGUGCAGGAGCAGCAGCUCCACCACACACAGAGAACGACACAGGCCGCGUCCACAUCAACUUCAACAUCGCGAGGAGGCACGAGCGUCCACAGCUCAAGACAUCAAACCGACGCAAGCAAAGCAGCUAGGCCACUGGGCCUUGGUGCUGCAGCCAUGGAACUGGCAGAAGCGGGCAUCAUAGGCGUCGAGGCGCGCCAUGGCGAGAGAGUCGGACGAGUCAGGUUGGGAGUUGCAGACGACGAGGUGCGUCUUGCGCUGGGAGACGACGACCAAGUAAAGGGGCUGGGCUUGGGGUCCUAA